GGAAUACAGUAGUAGUUAUUGACUAUGCGUCUCGUUCGUUGUUGCAGCAAACGUACCAUAUUUUUUUUCAAAGUUAUUAUAUUUAAAGUUUUUCUUGACAAUCACAAUGGUUAUUAGUUUGAAUAACUGCAGUCGUUCGUCCAUCGUUGUAUUUAUACUAUUCUUUACGAUUUCAAAUUUCUGGAUACUGCCUGUGGAGAAUGCUAGAAUAUUGGCCGUGGAGACGCUGGGAUGCAAAAGCCACUGGAACUUUAUGAGCGCUGUGCUGCGGUCGCUGACAGACACCGGUCAUAGCGUAACCGUGUUCACCCCGCUUCUGGACGGCGACCGGGACAACUACACGGAAGUGGAUUUGUCAAACAAUUUUCCGAUAUUAAUGGCAAAGGAUAUGACGGCGACGUUGGCCGUUUACGGCCAUCCGAUCGUGUACAUGAAUAAGAAGACUGGGUUGAACAGACGAUAUUGUGAUUCGGUUUACGGGAACCGGCGGUUCAAUGACGUAAUCCGUGGUGAAUACAACGAAGAUUUCGACGUGAUCAUCAUGGAACCAUUGAGUGUCGACUGCAUGUCAUACCUGGCGAGCACACUGAACUUACCGAUAAUAUAUGUGAUCCCGUCCCCCAUGAUUACUUACGCAGAACGUACGUUUACCGGACACAUAUCGAACCCCGCGGUCGUCUCUAAUUUAUUAGCACAACGAGCCGUACCCAAGACGUUCGUCCAAAGAGCAGUGAACACCGGACUUUUGGCGUAUAGUAUGCUAAUAACUGUAUACGAUGAAUGGAUGCUGCGAGUCACUGAUCCAAAACCGUACGACUUAUCUCCCAAGGUUCAUCCAUCUAUAAUAUUUCAAAAUUCCCACUACAUAACUGAGUCUUCGAGACCAGUUUUGCCUAAUCUUGUUGACGUAGGUGGUAUCCACUUAAAACCACCAAAAAGUAUACCACAAGAUGUAUUAGACUUUAUUGAAGAUUCGCCUCAUGGAGUAAUUUAUUUCACAUUCGGUUCAAUAAUUCAACUAUCUUCAUUACCAGAACAUAUUAUAAAAUCGUUUAAAGAAGCAUUUGCUAACGUCCCACAAAGAGUUUUAUGGAAAUAUGAAGGUGAAAUGAAAGACGUGCCAAAGAACGUGAUGAUAAAAAAAUGGUUUUCUCAACGAGAUAUUCUUCUGCAUCCCAAAAUAAAACUAUUUAUUAGUCAUGGAGGGAUAUCCGGAGUUUAUGAAGCAUUAGACGGUGGAGUUCCUGUACUUGGUUUUCCCUUGUUUUUUGACCAGCCGAGAAAUAUAGACAACUUAGUUACUGCUGAAAUGGCAAUCAGUAUGGACCUGUUCACAAUCAACAAAGAAAAAUUGUUAAAUAAUAUCUUACAACUCGUUAACAACGAAAAAUACAUGAAAAAUGCGAAAAUUGCCUCUCAACGUUUCAAAGAUCGACCUAUGUCACCAGAACAAUCAGUUGUUUAUUGGACGGAGUAUGUUAUUCGCCAUAAAGGAGCGCCUCAUUUAAAAUCUCACGGACUUAAUCUAACGUGGUAUCAAUACUUUCUAUUGGAUGUGAUCGCUGUAAUAUUAACAUUUAUCAUAUUAGUAUUAUUCAUAAUUUAUAAACUUGCUAAAUUUAUGUGCGAGUACACUUCAAAAUAUUCACACAGUUAUGUUAAGGUUAAGACCCCUUAAUUUAGACUUAGGAUAAUUAUUUUUAGUAUUUUUAAAUAUCUAUCACUGUAGUCUAUGUGCACAAUGUAUACAUGCUAUUUUAAUUCGUACUAUGAUGACAAAAUGUUACCUAAUAAUGAAACUCGUCGUUGUAUGUGUCUUCAUCUAUGAAUGUGAUGUAUAUAGGUAUUGUUUAAAAUCUAAUUCUAAGUCAACUUGACCAAAAUCUGUAUAUAACUACCUAGUUGUCCUAGCUAUAACCUGUUUAUAAUCUUUUUUAAAAAUGUUCAUUGCAUAUAGCUUAUGUAUAUAUUAAUUGUAUAUGAAUUAAAACUACAAACAAUGUUUUAUAUAAUUAUAUAAUAUUACGUCUCUUACAAAAAUGUGUAUUUUUUAUUUCAAAUUUUGUAAAUAUUUUUAUAAUUUAUAUUUCUUAUCAUUAGGUACAUUGUGCACAUAAGAAACAAGCCCGGAUUAAUGGGGGGGGGAGGUCCAGAGGGGGCCUCGAUAGUUAGAAUUUAUUUAAGGGCAUCAGAUAUGUCCAUUACUUUUUUCGUUAUAGGCUAUAACACUGCAUAAAUCGCGUAAACAAAAUUGAUGAUUAUUUUGAGAAGAAAAAAGCUUAUAAAUAAAAUGAUAAAUUAUUUAUUGCCAAGUACCUAAUAUCCAAAUAUAUUUAUUUUAACAGGUGCCUAAUAUUAAAUAAUGUAUACAUUAUAAACAUAAUGUAUAUAAUAAACUAUUAUUAUUUUUUUUUCGUACAUGGGCCUAUUUUUAAACUUUGGCCCCUGGGCCUCAUAAUGUCUUAAUCCGGGUUUGAUAAGAAAUAAGAAACAUUUUUAAUUUGUAGAUAAGAUAUUGUAAUGUUUGAAAAUAAAAAUUGAUAAAAAUAA